GCGAGCGCAGGCGGACUAACUCUUGCUGCCGGCCACCUGUUGAGGCGGGUGUACGCAGGCGCUUAAUUAUGUCUGUCUUUCCCAAAGAGUUCAUUUAAGCCAAGCUGGACCUGCCUGGGGGACUCCACCUCGGAGCCUCCCGAGGAGCGAAGGCAAAAAGCAGCAGAGAGAACUUUUCCGAGGUGGGGACCGCGGUCGGGCUGGUCUGAUCCGCUCCGCUCCCUGCCCGCGGCCGCCCCGCCCCUCGCUCCGGCUGCCGCCCCCUCCGGGCAGCCCCGCGGAGGCAAUUAUAAGCUGAACCGGGGAGGGGAACAAGAAAUCCCCCCACCCCUCCUUUCUCUAAGGAAAGGACAUCCCCGGGGAGCUCAGUCUCCCAGAGCAGCAGGUGGGCGGCCGCCAGCGCGGGAAGGCGCGGAGGCUCCGCCGCUCCGCGGGGAGGGUCCGGGGAGCAGCGGGGGCGGCUGGGGGGUGCUUCCCCCCCUCCCCACCCCCCCUCCCCGCGCCGGCGGCGGGGGCGUCGAGCCCCGCGACCCGCCGGGCGGAGCGCGUUGCCUGCGCGGGGGCGGCCGGGGCUGCGGCGCCGCCUCCGCGCCCGCCAGCGCAGGCUGCGCCCCUGCGAGCGGCGGGUCACCCUGCGCGACGGCACCCUCUUCCCUUCCAUCUCUCCCUCCCUCCAUCCCUCCCCGCCGGCGCUGGCGGGGGGCGGCCGCCCCUGGCUGGCCGCGGUCCGCGGUGCCGGGGAGCGGCGGCUCCGCUUUCCGCCCGCGGAAACUUUGGCCGGUGCCUAAAGGGGGAAGAUGGAGCCGGGGGAGCCCGCGGCGGCGCCCUUCAACCGGUCCCGGGCUGGCGCAGAGCCGCCCCGCGGGGAGUUCAACCUCUCCGGGCUGCCGGAGGCGGAGGGGAAGCCCCUCUUCGGCAUCGGCAUCGAGAACUUCAUCACCUUGAUCGUCUUCGGCUUGAUCUUCACCCUGGGGGUGCUGGGCAACUCGCUGGUGAUCACGGUGCUGGCAAGGAGCAAGCCAGGCAAGCGCCGCAGCACCACCAACAUCUUCAUCCUCAACCUGAGCAUCGCUGACCUGGCCUACCUGCUCUUCUGCAUCCCCUUCCAGUCCACGGUCUACGUGCUCCCCACCUGGGUGCUGGGCGCCUUCAUCUGCAAGUUCAUCCACUACUUCUUCACCGUCUCCAUGCUGGUGAGCAUCUUCACACUCUCGGCCAUGUCGGUGGACCGCUAUGUGGCCAUUGUGCACUCCCGACGCUCUUCGGCCUUACGUGUUUCCCGCAACGCGCUGCUGUGUGUGGGGCUCAUCUGGGCACUCUCCUUCGCCAUGGCCUCACCUGUAGCACACCACCAGAGCCUCUUCCACCGUGACGCCAGCAACCAGACCUUUUGCUGGGGGCACUGGCCCAACCUACGCCACAAGAAGGCCUACGUGGUUUGCACGUUUGUCUUCGGAUAUCUGCUUCCGCUGCUGCUCAUCUCCUUCUGCUAUGCCAAGGUUCUCAAUCAUCUGCAUAAGAAGUUGCGAAACAUGUCAAAGAAGUCAGAAGCAUCCAAGAAAAAGACAGCACAGACUGUGUUGGUGGUGGUAGUGGUUUUUGGCAUCUCCUGGCUGCCGCACCACGUGAUUCAUCUCUGGGCUGAAUUUGGAGCUUUCCCACUGACUCAAGCCUCCUUUCUCUUCAGAAUAACUGCACACUGCCUGGCUUACAGCAAUUCUUCCGUGAACCCGAUUAUAUACGCGUUUCUCUCUGAAAACUUUAGGAAGGCCUACAAGCAAGUCUUCAAAUGCCAGAUAGGUAACGACUCACCUCUGAAUGACGCUAAGGAAAAUAAAAGCCGGAUAGAUACACCACCAUCUACCAACUGUACGCACGUGUGAACUUUGAAAAGUCCUGCAUGUUGGCUCUUCAUUCGUGUGAACCAAACGUCUAGAAAACAAAGCACAAUGAGCUUUAUCCUGGUUUGUCUUGAUAAAGCUAAUUGGUAUUUAACGUACUGAAGUUGCGUUCUGCUGUAGCAAGUUUGUGAAACUGGUAUGAAAGAAAACUGGGCUGAUCAUUUGCAUCUUAGAUGGCUGUGUCAAUGAAGGUGUUGGACCUUUAGAAGAUAGUUGAGGAAAAAUGUUGGAGAUGAUAUUUGUAUCAUCUGGGUAUCUGUAGGAUAUCUGUAUUCCUACUCAGUAAGCAUACAGUGUGUAAACAUUCAAAUAUAACAUAUAAGAAGGAAAUGUUGAUAUGGACAAGUAACUUUCUGACAUCUUACUCCAUCAAAGUGAAGAGAUGGCUGAAUUUUCUGUCUUAGAGAUAAUAAAUGCCAUACUACAAAUUCAGGGAGGAAAACUUUUUUUCUCUCUUCAGAUUGUUUUUUCUCUUUUUAAAGUAAAGGCGGGCUCUGAUUUGGCGUUGAAAUAGAGAGGAAAUGCUAAUUUUAUCUAUGUAGCUGUCUUUUUAAUGUAACAUACUGAGUAAUGAUGGACUUUUUUCCACUUCAUAUGCCUGCCUUACUGUAUACACGUAACUUUUGUGUACGUUAUAUAAGGUUUUGUUUAUGGCCUGUAUGUAAUUGUACCAAAAUGAGGAUUUGUGUCUACCUGAGUGAAACUUUUCUUCAUGUGUUGCAUGUGCAUGUAUGUGUAUGUUUUGUUAACUUUAUAGACUUUGAGAUGGAGAUACAGUUUUAAAUGUGCAAUAUGUACAUAUGUUUUAUAAUAUUAUGUUCCAUAAAACAACUCCGGGCAAUGCGUAAGUGUUUAAAAAUAGCAUUGCCUUAACAGUUGUUGGAGGGGCUUGGUAUCAUGUGUCUCUAAAUCGGAAAAAAAAUGCAUUUAUAUUAUAAAGUAUGUAAGGUAAAUGGUCCAAUUCUGAAAAUUGGUAAGUAACGUGAGUAGUUUCAGCAAUUUUAUAGAAGUACUUAAUAUGUCUUUAAGCAGUAAACCACUAAAGAAAUAGCAGAAGGGUGCUCAGUCCUUUGGGAAAAUUCUUGUUAGCUAGAGUAAGAUAUGCUUUUACCUUAUUUAUUAAUCACUCAUAAACUCACAGAGUAAAUUAAGACGAAAGAACCUCUGGACAUCCUCUCAAAGCAGGGCUACCCUCAGAGUUGGAUCGCUUCCUUGUCUAGGCAAAUUUUGAAAAUUUCCAAGGUUGACAAUUCAGCAAUAUUUUUGGGCAAACUUUGCUAGGGCCUAAUCACCCUCGCUAAAAUAUUUUUUCUUAACCCCAGUUGGGAUUUCCCUUGAUGUAGCUCAUGACUAUUGCCUUCUGUCCUUUCAAGGUACACUUGGGCCUUGUCUCUAACUAAUACGUAAUUUAAGAUGGCAAUUAAAUUUCCCCCAGCUUUCUCUCCUGAAACAAUGCCUCACUCUCAGUCUCUCCUCAUCUGUUGUGCUCCAGCUCCCCGGCCAGAUUAGUGGCCUUCCACUGGCCUUCUUCCAGCAUAUCCAUCCCUCUCAUGAACUGGAGUGUUCCAGACUGAACAGUGUGUUCCAGAUGUGGCCUUACGAGCACUGAGGAGACUAAUUGCUUCCCUUGACCCCUUGGCUGAUUCUUGCUAUUACAGCCCAGUAUUACAGUAAUUUAUUGCUGCAAGGGUAGACUGCUGACUCAUAUUUAAUUUCUGCCCUUGUGUCAUAGAAUCAUAGACUAGUUUGGGUUGGAAGGAACCUUUAAAGGUCAUCUAGUCCAACAGAAUUACACUGAGUCCCAAUCCAAAUUUCAGGACUUUGCUUUUGGCUUUGUUGAGCUUCAUGCGUUUGAUAGCUGUUACUUCCAUUCUUCUGGCUUAUCAAGGCCCUUCUGAAAGGUAGCCCUGCUCUCCAGCAUAUCCACCACUCCCCCAGGUUUGAUAUCAUGUGCAAACUUGCUGAGAGAGUCCUGCACCCUUGUCUGGGUGCUAAACAGUGUUGGCCAGAUGCUUUGUCAGAUUCCUUUUUCUCCACAAACUUGCUUUAAAAAAAAAGUUCAGUGUGGUGGAACCCUGUCAACUAUGGAGGGUUAGUUCACAUGAAAAUGUCUAUGGUUACCUGUCAGUAUUGCCUGCUUAGAAUCAGUAAAAUAAUAUUGAAGACAUGCUAUUGCAUGCAUGGUGUUUGUGUCCAUUCUUUCAUAUGAAGAGACAUUUUGAUGAUAGUGCUAGGAACACAAAAUAUAUGAAAAAACCUCAACUGGAGAAGAAGGGUUUGUCUGUGCAGGAAACCAUUUUCUGGGUUAGGAUCGAGGUUAGGAAAUACUGCUUAGAAAAAUGUUGAAGUUCCUUUGAGUUUUCAGAUUCUCAUCACCCACUAAUCACUCAAAUUAUUAAAACACUAUCAGACUUCGGUUGAAUUUGUAGCAUAUUAGGAGAUUCUGCAGCUUUGAAAAUUGUUUCUUUUUUCC